GCUUCAUCUUAUUUCAUUGGCACAUGUGAAAACAAAACAGUUCAAAAAAUUGUUCUUAAUUUGAUUAGGCAGAGACAUAUUAAACCAAUUAAAAUUUUUCCGAAGUAUUCAGACAACUCAAAGCUAUCAAAGAUGAAGUUUGUUGAGGAAUCACUUGAUCAAGAUAGUUUUUCUGAAGAAAAUAGUUCAGAUGAAGAGUUACGUGAAGCUUUUAAAAAAGGAAUUAUCAAGCCAGGCCUUAAUAUUCAGACAGCUAAAGAGAAAAUUUUUGCGAAUAAUAUUCCGAAAAUGAAAGAGAAAUUGGAUGAUUUGAUUUUGGAGCUCCCUUGGAUAGAACGACUUGACAUGACAAAUGAUUUGGCACCACUUGCACCUGAACUUGCAAUCCAAAUGGAACGUCAUGAACAAAAAAGAGAGAAUCUAUUUAAAGGCAACAAAAAGAUUCCAUAUGUAGCUCCUGAAAUUGAUCCAGUGCUGAAUGACUUCAAGAGAGAAAUAUUGUUUCAUCGUCAAGCUCAGGCUGCUGUGACUGAUGGUAUUGCAAAGUUAAAGGAGCUUGGAAUAUCAACUAAGAGACCAGAUGAUUAUUUUGCUGAAAUGGCUAAAACAGAUGAGCACAUGCAAAAAAUAAGAAAACAUUUAAUUGCAAAGCAAGAAGGUCAGCAGCGUUCCGAGCGUGUUAAGCAACUUCGUGAGCAACGAAAAAUGUCAAAAAUAAUUCAAAGAGAAAACCUUGAGAAAAAGCAAGAACAGAAAACAAAAAUGCUUAAUGAUUUGAAAUCAUUCCGAAAAGGAAAAUUAAAGAAUCUUGAUUUCCUCGAAGAAGAAAAGCGACCUUCACAAGGCAGGCCAAAGGCAAAAGGCAAGCAUUUAAAUAAGAAACGACAAGAAAGAGACAAGAAAUUUGGAUUCGGUGGCAAAAAGCGCGGAAUGAAAAGGAACACAAAAGAAUCAGCUAUGGAUACAAGUGAUUGGUCAUCAAAAAGGAAUCGUGCUGGAGUCGGUUCAAAAGCUUUGAAAAAUAAAGGUAAGAAAAGCAAAGCCAAUCAACGACCCGGAAAGAGUCAACGUGUAAAAAAUCGAUCAUAAAAAAACAAAUUUAAUUAUAUGAUGUAAACUUUGACAAAAUAAAAAAGGUUUUUCUCACUCACUUGAAA